GUGUGUGUGUGUUAGUGUGUGUUUGACUUCUCCGUCAUGACGGUCGUCGGGGUGAGGGGUCGCUAGGCCCAGCAAUGCCUGUGCACACAGUGACCGUACAGCCAGUCGCUACAAUGAAGGAGAAAAAAGAUCGCGCCAGUCCGUUCAUCGUCAAGUGGAGGGAUGCUUCCAAGAAAAUUCUGCAGAAGAGCGAACCCCCGGCCGGGAGCGUGCCGCCCACAGAGCGAUGCGACUCCCAGCUGUCCGGCCUCUCAGAGCGCACGGACAUCUGCAGGAUCUGCCACUGCGAGAGCGAGGAAAACAACAAGCUGGUAUCGCCGUGCCUCUGCUCCGGCAGCCUCAAGUUCGUGCACCUGGGCUGUCUGCAGAAAUGGAUCAAGAGCUCGGACAAGAAGGCCUGCGAGCUGUGCAAUUUCGACUACAUCAUGACCACCAAGACCAGACCUUUCAAGCAGUGGGAGAAACUGGAGAUGACGUCCGCGGAGCGCCGCAAGAUCGCGUGCUCGGUGACGUUCCACAUCAUCGCCAUCACCUGCGUCAUCUGGUCGCUCUACGUGCUCAUCGACCGCACCACGGAGGAGGUGCACUCGGGCACGCUCGACUGGCCCUUCUGGACCAAGCUGAUCGUGGUGGCCAUCGGCUUCACCGGCGGCCUGGUCUUCAUGUACGUGCAGUGCAAGAUGUACGUACAGCUGUGCCUGCGGUGGCGCGCCUUCAACAAGCUCAUCAACAUCGAGAACGCGCCCGAGGACCCGACCUUGAGGGCUGAGGCGGCCGCGAGGAUCAAGGCCAGGACCAACGAGCAGGGAGGUCAGGUCAAUGCCGUGGCUUUGCAGGAGGUCGACUCGCUAUAAUGAAACUUGCAAGGGGGCUAGACAGCUUUCCUGAAGGUCGACUCGCUAUAAUGAAACUUGCAAGGGCCCUAGACAGCUUUCCUGAAGGUUGACUCGCUAUAGCAACACGAGUAGACUAUUGAAGCUUGCGAAGGACUAGACGGCUUUCCUGGAAGUUGACUCACUAUAAUGAAACUUUCAAGGGGGCUAGACGGCUUUCCUGGAGGUUGAUUCGCUAUAAUGACACGCUAUAAUGAAGCUUGCAAAGGGCUAGAUGGCUUUCUUGGAAAUUGACUCACUGUAAUGAAGUUUGCAGCAUGGGGCUAGAUGACUUUCCAAGAAGUCAACUCGCCACUGUAAUGAUUCGAGUGGGUUAUUGAAGCUUGAAAGGGAAUAGAUAGCUUUCCAAGAAGUUGACUCGCUACUAUAAUGACUGGAGUGGAUUAUUGAAUUGCAGUGCUGCAUGCUAUAAUGACACAAGUAGACUAUUGAAGCUCACAAGGGCCUUGAUUGGUUGAAAAAUAGCGAGAACAUUGGCAGUAAUACCCUCAACACAAGAAAUAUACGCUUUAACUGUAUUAAAAGCCCCACUUGACAAGAAAUGUACAGUAUAUAUAUAUAUAUAUACAAAUUCUAAACAGUUGUUUUAAAAGACCCGGUACAAGAAAUGUACCAAUUUCUCGUGUUGGGGCUUUUACUACAACUUAUUAGUGAUUUUGAUCAUGACACGUGGUGCUGGACUUCGUUCUAGGUGUCCAAAAGGUUAUUGUGUCUAUUGUACCAUGUAUACUGAAGAGGAACUUGGCAUUUCUUGAGCCUCGACAAUGAAGAAUACUAUACAAGACAGCUAUCAGGCGGUCAUUAUACUACGAAAUCGUUCUUUGCUGUCUACUUACGUGAAGUGCACGGAAUAGCUUCAAGGUAGUCAUUGAGUGCAGUUUUACUGGGCAGCCUCUCUGCAGUGGUUCAGUGUGGUAUACAGGAGUGAAAUACAACCUGCCAGUUAGUCAGUAUUGUGUUACGGACUGGUGUUGCCUUUUUUUCUAAUAACAAACACCACCGGACCUUUGUUGAAAUAACUUAAAGUAAUUGCUACGUGAAGAAAUAAAUUCUCUUCCAUCGAUCUGAAGAUAAUCAAUAUCUGGUAUUAAUUUAUUUGUAAGACAGCAGUUGAGCUUGUAAGAGAACAUAAGAUUAUACAAUGUAUAUUAUUGAUCUCCACAAAGAAAAAUUUUGCUGCGGCAUGGUAAAUACAUGCUUACACACGUCAACACACGCAUGCAGACACCCAACCACCCACCCUCCCACACACAUGCACACACACACAAACACACACACACACACACACACACACACACACACACACACACACACACACAGCAUGCUAUCAAUAGUCAGUGGAUGAACAUACAGCUGUAUGAAGAAGUGGCAGUAGGAACAGAAGAGAAGGUCCACUGAACAUUUUGGGAUUCCUGCGUGCACCAAAUUUGAUGGCAGUAUACUAUACUUUCAAGGAAAAUGGUAUUAGUUUCUGGUGCUUAUACUUACCACACAGUCGCUUGCACUGCCCACCUAUCAAACCAUGUCAAUGUAAGAGUUGUACUGUGGUCAUGAACUGUCUCGUACAUCUCCUUCACACAGAAGCAUUACAUUCUGGUAUGCAUGUAAAAAUCUGUUAGCCAGGCGGAGGACGUUUUAAGAGGCCCAUUUACUGUUAAUGUAUGUUCUACAUGUUUUCCCUAUUUCUGUGAUUCAAUCUACAGGGCAUUCUUCAUGUUGCUACUAUUAUCGUGCUCAAGGGAGAGAAACGUGGUAGGUGAAGGAAUGUGUUUUGCCUUCCCACCACCUACUCGUGAUUAUUGAAUCAAAACUAGAUUGACAUGGGAAUUUUGUAGCAUUGUGCAUGCAGGAUACUGAAGCUACUAUUGGACAUCUGCGUUGGUGGGAGCAGAGAGUUCUAUGUUCUGGCAUGCUUGGGAGUGACAACAAUAUCGACUAUUGUGAAGUAGAUACCGUCAAAAUUGUCGAAUACGGCCACCCUUUGUCGAGGAGAAAAGUAACCACGUCUGAUACAGGUGGACGUCUUGCACAGUGUCAUUAUAAAGCAAAAAAAGACACAAGAAGGGAAUGAAAAGUGGCCUUUUGUGCAGGUGAUUGUCUUAUAUUGGUGAUCUUUAGAGCAUGUUUGGCUGUACUUGAAGGUGCAGAGCAGACUGGAAGCCACUGACGCGAUUUCUUUGAGGAUGGUCAUGAGAAAAGGAGGCUUGUGGACUGUUGCUGGCUGGGAUGUGUAUUACAAUUGAUGAUAUUGAAUGAUAUCCAUACAUGAUAUUCUGGUUGUGGAUUUGUGAUGAAUGUUAUCGACAACUUUACUAGAUUAGAUGAUGUGACUUUUAUGGUGCUGUUUUGUUGUGGGUGUUGUUUUUCCAACAACCUUUUCAAUGAUGUCAAAAGAUGUGGGGAUACAGGCAAAGUGAUCCGUUAUCAAACAGUGUUCAUGUGCUUUGCCGUCUACGAGUUCAGAGCCUAUUGUUGUAUACCCUACCCUGACUCCUACCACAGUCUAGCUUGCAAAAAGUAAUUUACAACCUAAAAUUUAAUGACCACAGAGUUGUUGAACCCCAUCAGCACUUUUUUUUUUAUUGUGGUGGAGUGAUGUUGGAAAUGGUUGUGAAACUUCUGUUUUCAUAAAAAGUUAAACGUGGGUACUAACUCUCACAAAAUGUGGUGCGUGAUGUACAAGUUAAAUCUCUGUACUGCUCAUUGAUUGCCCGAAGUGAUGGAAGUCCCCCUGGUUUGUCAGAUACUGCCCAAUAUCUUCAUUGUCGCUCUUAGUUAUAAUAUAUAUCUCACAACACGAACUUACAUAUAUAUAUAUAUAUUUAUAUGAGAAUGUAUUGCAUUAAAUACCUUGUUGAUGUGUAUAUAAAGGAGAAUUUCCAUCUAAUUCGCCAUCUGUUGCACCACUUACUUCUACCACGAAGUCAAGAGACUGGGCCUUAGUUUUUCUCAUGAGCAAUCCAGCAGUGUUACAACUCACAGUUUGAAUAGUUAUUCCUGUGCUGUUUCUUUUUUCAGCUCUUACAUACAAUUAUUUUUACCUCUCCAUCACCCCAUCCCUUUCCAUUCUACUUACACGGUGAAACCAUCUGAAAAGUACUAACUACUGGGGAAAAUAUUUAGGAUAGAUUAGAUGGAGUGUGACAUGUUUAUAGUGUGUAUUUUGUUGGCCAGCUAUGUGGGCAGUGAGGUCAAUAUAGGGUUUCAGAAA